AUGGCAUGGGUAAAAUUCUUACGGAAACCUGGUGGCAAUCUCGGAAAAGCUUACCAGCCUGGGAGUAUGCUAUCCCUGGCCCCUACCAAAGGCUUGUUGAAUGAACCAGGACAAAACAGCUGCUUUCUGAACAGUGCUGUGCAGGUUUUAUGGCAAUUAGAUAUAUUCCGAAGAAGCUUGCGGGUUCUGACUGGACAUGUUUGUCAGGGAGAUGCCUGCAUAUUUUGUGCGUUGAAGACAAUAUUUGCCCAAUUUCAACACAGUCGAGAAAAAGCACUUCCCUCGGAUAACAUAAGGCAUGCUCUGGCAGAAAGCUUCAAAGAUGAGCAGCGAUUUCAACUUGGCCUUAUGGAUGAUGCUGCAGAAUGCUUUGAAAAUAUAUUGGAGAGGAUUCACUUUCACAUAGUGCCAAGCAGAGAUGCAGACAUGUGUACCUCUAAAUCUUGUAUCACUCACCAGAAGUUUGCUAUGACUCUAUAUGAACAGUGUGUGUGUCGUAGCUGUGGAGCAUCAUCAGAUCCUCUACCCUUUACAGAAUUUGUACGGUACAUUUCUACAACAGCCCUGUGCAAUGAAGUUGAGAGAAUGAUGGAAAGGCAUGAGCGCUUUAAGCCUGAAAUGUUUGCAGAAUUGCUGCAAGCAGCAAAUACAACUGAUGACUACAGGAAAUGUCCUAGUAACUGUGGCCAGAAAAUAAAAAUUCGGCGUGUUUUAAUGAACUGCCCAGAGAUUGUUACAAUUGGUUUAGUCUGGGACUCCGAGCAUUCUGACUUGACUGAAGAUGUUGUUCGGAAUCUGGCAACCCAGCUUUAUCUUCCUGGGCUUUUUUAUAGAGUUACUGAUGAAAAUGCCAAAAAUAGUGAACUUCACCUUGUUGGCAUGAUUUGCUACACCAGCCGACAUUACUGUGCCUUUGCUUUUCAUACCAAGAGUUCCAAAUGGGUAUUUUUUGAUGAUGCAAAUGUGAAAGAGGUUGGAAGUAAAUGGAAAGAUGUGGUCUCCAAGUGUAUCCGAUGCCAUUUCCAGCCAUUGCUUUUGUUUUAUGCGAACCCAGAUGGCACAGCGGUUUCCACUGAAGAUGCACUCAGGCAGGUCAUCAACUGGUCACAUCAUAAAUCUAUUGCAGAAAAUAUAGGAUGUGAAAAGCCCUCAAUUUCUAAGUCAGAAAAUUCAAAAGAAAACGGAUUUGGUGAUCAGACAAAACAGAGAGAAAAUCAGAGAUUUCAAGCAGAUAGCAUGUCAUCAUUUAAUCGGAGCCACAUUCAAACAAGUGGCGGUAGAGGACCAGUUAAGUCAAGUCACAGUGAUCAAAGGGAAAAAAUAAAAGACAUUUCCAGAGAAUGUGCUCUAAAAGCCAUUGAACAGAAAAACUUACUUUCCUCAGAAAGGAAAGAUUUGGAAAGGGGACAGAGAAAAGAUUUGGGUAGACAUAGAGAUUUGGUUGAUGAAGACCCUCCACAUUUCAAGACUGGAUCACCUCCUACCCUAAAUGGCUUUAGACAGUAUGGGAAUCCACAUCUAUAUCAUAGUCAAGGAAAAGGACCAUGUAAGCAUGACCGAACUGCCCAUCAGAGUCGAACUUCUGCACAAACCUUAAGUUCAAGUAAAUCCCAGAUUCUUGCUUCAGGAGAGAAAAUAACUGGCAAAGUUAAGAGUGACAGUGGUACUGGGUAUGAUACAGACAGUAGCCAGGAUUCUCGUGAUAAAGGAAGCAACUCUAAUGGCAGCAAUAAAAGCCGAAACCGAGGUUGGAAACCUAUGAGAGAAACAUUAAAUGUUGAUAGUAUUUUUAGUGAAAGUGCAAAAAGGCAGCAGAGUCCAAGGCAUAAAUCAAAUAUCAAUAACAAGUCUAAAUGUAGCAAAGAUCAGAGUUUUAACAAUUGGCCAAAAGAGAAUCCAAAGCAAAAGUGUUUAAUGACUAUAUAUGAAGAUGAAAUGAAGCAGGAAAUGGGAAGCAGGAGUUCCCUCGAAUUUAAUGGAAAAGUAGCAGAGAAAAAUAAAGCCCUCAAAGAAACUAAAGUUCAUGGUGACAACUGGCAGAUGCAAAGGACAGAGUCUGGAUAUGAAAGCAGUGAUCAUAUCAGUAAUGGCUCUGCUAAUUUGGACUCACCUAUUAUUGAUGGAAAUGGUACAGUGGUGGAUAUCAGUGGUGAUAAAGAAACCACAUCUAUCAGUGAUCAGAUUAAGACAAGCAACCUAAACACAGAACGUGUGAACUAUACCUCCCAACAGAGCAAAAAUCACUUAGAAGGCUUUAAAAGAGAACUCAAGAACUUAGAUGUAGCCUAUAAAGCUCAUGAGUUCCACCCAGAAUCACAUCUACAAAUAAAAAAUUCUUUGAUAAAAAGGUCACAUAUACAUGAAACCAGUGGAAAGACACUCCCUUCAUCCAAUCCAGAAAUACUCAAGGACCAUACAGUUAGAGAGCUUACCCACCAGUUAGAUGAACAGAAACUUGAAAAAUCAAGUGAACCCAAGUUUUCUGAGUGGCUUAAUAUAGAAAAGUCUGAGAGAACAGGUUUGCUUUUUCACAUUGAUGAUAACUCUGGUUCUGGAAAGAGAGUGAACAGUAAUGAAACAGUCUCACCAUCUUCAUUGUGGUCUUCACACAUGAGAACUGUGGAGUCAAAGCCAGAAAUUGCUCCCCUCAUCCAGCAGCAAAAUAUGAUGGAACGAUGUUACUCUGAGAACUUUCUACCCAGGGAACAUCUGGUUCAGUCAACCUGUAGGUCUGAUGGCUGUCAGAUGCCGAAACUCAUUUGCCAGAAUGCACCACCCCCUCUGCCACCAAAGAAAUAUGCUAUGACCAGUGUACCACAGUCAGAGAAAAAUGGUUCUUCUCCUGAUGUCAAACUAACAGAGUCAUUUAAAACUAACUCUUCUAGUCUUCUGAAGCACAGUCUAACUACAGCUUCAGAGCCAGGCGUAGACAUGAGUCCGUAUGUGAACGAACAAAGAUUUAAGGAAACAUUUCAAGCAAAAGAGUAUGUCGGCAACACAUCAAAGACCCCAUCCAACUCUUCAGCUAAAGAUUUUCAGGCAGACUCAGGUGCAGCUGUUGGUGUUUUCUGCCAGCCAGAAACAGACUCUAGUUCUACAUGUCCAAAUGAGACAGUUUCAUUAACUACCUAUUUUUCGGUUGAUAACUGCAUGACUGAUACAUAUAGAUUGAAAUACCAUCAGAGGCCCAAGCUUUGCUUUCCAGAGAGCAGUGGCUUUUGUAAUGAUAACUGA